CCUCAUCUAGCUACCUAGCCCAGCGCGCGUCGUCUUCUCUCAUGCUUCUCACCGUCCCCUGCUAUCUUUCUCGUUACUAGCUACGUGUAUGAGUCUCGUUCAACUUGCUUGGUUGACGCGAUAAUGUCCUGCUGGCGCGUGCUAGAGCUAUCCAAACAACCAGACGACGAACAGAUUCCACAACUUCUUGUCAAAUCAGUCUUCCAAGCGGACUCAUACAUUUUGCAUAUCACAGACCUAACUAACAUAUGGAGUGAAGAGCUAGACCUGGAGGGAAUCGUGGACCGAGCGUCACGAGAGCAAUCACCAAUUGAAGUUAGCAAACACGACACUACGCAGCUCGCCAUCCUCCUCGACAACAUCAAAAAAUCCUUGGAAAAUUGCGAGGAUGCCAUUUGUCGUAUUACCCGGGAUGGUACGGAGGGCAUUACCUUACACAGUACCGUCAACCUUCCAAAACCCCUCGACUCUCUGACUUGGAAAUUUCGCCUGCACAAGAAGACCGCUACAGCGCUCAGAAAUGAGCUCAUUCUUCCACUGCUUGUCUCGUCGCACAUCCAGAAUGAGCGCAUCAAUGACCUCGUCUUCAUCAUGACGACAAAGGAUAGCGCAAUUGAUCGGCUGGUGGAGCAAUAUGAGUCUAGCAAUCUGGAUUUAGCUGCAGCUUUCCCCAGUAUCGGCCGUCUGAAGGCGGGAAGAAGAACUAUCAAACGUGAACAGGCGGCCAGGCACAUUCCCGCGUUGCAAACCUUCCGCGAAGAUGUUUGGAGAAAGGAAACUGGUCGACUAGAGGACUCGGAUGUUACCACACUCGGAAUGUUCCAAGAGGCUUUGUCGCAAUGCAAUGCUGAGGUACCGCCAGAGCUCAGGUCAAGUGAUGCAUACGGUAGCUGGUGGACUGCGAUCCCGAACGGGACCUCGCGUGCAAGGACUGCUUCAGAGAGUAAAGCGAAGAAAACUGCGUAUAUACCAGAGCUGGUGAAAAACACCGCAGAUUCCACCGAAGACGAAACAGACGAUGAUUUCGAAAUACACGAGCAUUUCAGGACGCGUAAAACCUCAAAGCAGCCUACCACGGCACCAGAUCCGACGCCACUAUCAAAGCAGAGUCAACCAGAUCCGAGCGAUGCUGAAUCUACGGAAGACGAUGACGAUUUGGAUGCACCUGCUAAGAGUCCAAGCCUAAGUACAAACUCGCAAAAGUCGCCUUUGCGCGCAAAGUCGGCAACACCUGAAGCGACUCCUCCGACCAAAGAAGAUCCUCCAUCCGUUGUGAAGCUAAGGGCGAAAGGCUUCCGAAUAGGUGGACAGGCGAAGAAGCAGGUGGCUGAACCUCCGUCCCCGCCGCAAGAGAGCGGAGGUGAGCUGCCGGAGGGAGAGCCUCUGCUACCUCAAGAGUCCAUGUUACCGCCAACCUCCCAAAUUGAUUCGCAAGUAAACACCACGCCCAAGAAGCCGAAGAGAACAUUCAAGAUUGGAGGCAAAGGAAAGGCAGUGACAGAUGGCGACGAUUCACAACCCAUCAUUCCAAACACGACUCGUUUACGAUCGCCGACCAUUGAUCUCACGUCUUCUCCCCCGCCGAACAGAACGGUAGAGGAGCCACCGCCGGUAGAAGAGGUGCCCGAAGAGACACCAGAAGAGAAAGCUGAACGAAGGAGGGCUGAGCUGAAGCGGAGAAAUGAGGAAGCGGCCAAGAAGCAGGCACAAACUAAGAAGAAGAAACGAUUCUGAGGGAUAUAUCAAGGACUUAGAGCGAAGAGACCACGUGAAUCAUCACUCUUGGAUUGCUACGUGCCGUGAAAACCAUGUGUAAGUGUUUUCGGAAGUCUAGCACAUUCCCCGCUGAGUGAUGUCUCUGUUUGUAUCGGUCAAGCUGGAUACAAGAAUUCGGGCGCCCAUCAACCAUUCACUCGUGGAUAUAUAUCUGUUCCAUGGAGGAUUUUAUCAUUUUAGAGCUUGGAAGACUCGCCCACUGAUAUAACCUACUACACAACUGCGCUCCACUGGGUUGUUUGUCUCUUUUUGGAUAUUUCACGUUGCGCGCCUUCCUCUUUCACCUGCUGGACCCUUGAGGCUGCUUCACUGUCGAGAAGCCGUAUAUCCCUUCCACGUAGGUUGUUGUCAAUCGCUUAUCGAGCGCCACAACAUCAAUAACGCGC